UGCCAUCCCAGUCGAUAGAGCGCACUGAUGACUGCCGCCGUGCCCGUUCCCGCUGCAAUUUCUUUGCCUGGCCAUCCUUUCAUCUCGAAGCCUUCUUCAAUUCCAGCCCAUCCAGCCCCUACUAUGGCAAGUUUUACACCCUCUUUAACAGCUCCUGUGCUCCCCGCAAGGAGCACUUUAUAGUUCUUGGUUUUGUUGUAGAAGUACCAUCCUUGAAGAGUUCUCGGAGGACGAUGGGCGUUUUCUGCCAGAAAUUUUAGGGAUGCAGAACGUGUUCCGCGAAUGAAUCCGAGGAGAGAACCAACAAUGAAGAAGGCAGGAGGAAGGACCAAGAGACGAGGAGGUACAGAGAGGUAGAUUCGUUUUUUUUCAACGCGAUCAGUGUCGUUGUCCAAGUCGGUAGACAUGACGUCAUCAGAAUUGCAGCUCUUUUUCGCCGCUCAUGGCCGACGCAUCUGCUCCUCGCAAACGAGUCCGUCCUCGAAAAUUCGUCGGUUCUACCAAAGCGCCUUCGUCGUCGUCGGCAGUGCCAUUGAAUAGCGUUCCGCAAUCGUUGCUAGAGAAUGAAGCCCUCAACGCCUCCAUCUCUGCACUACCGAGCAACUACUCGUUCGAGAUCCACAAAACUCUAGCCCACAUCCAACGGCAUGGCUCCACGAUGGUUGCUUUGCAGCUACCAGAAGGUCUGCAGAUGUAUGCUUGCGCUAUUGCAGACAUCAUCGAAAGAUUUUCUGACGCGCUUACCGUCGUUCUCGCCGAUGUAACAUAUGGCGCGUGUUGUGUAGAUGACUACACCGCCAAGGCUUUGGGCUGCGAUCUGUUAGUGCACUAUGGACACAGCUGUCUUGUCCCUGUGGAUGUAACAACCGGUAUACGGACGCUGUACAUCUUCGUCGAAAUCGCCAUCGACGAGAAGCAUCUUGUCGAGACGGUGCGAUUGAACUUACCGGAUACCAAGAACCGAUUCUUGGAGAGUUUGGAAGAAGAAAAGGCUGCUGGGGACGCCAUUACCAGUGGUCUUAAGCAGCAUCUCGCGAUCACCCAUGAUGGUGAGAAGAAAGAAUCGAAGGAAGAAGAGUCGGCUGUCGGUGCACCCACCAGCCUUGCACUGGUCUCAACAAUACAGUUCGUGUCUGCGCUCUCCCGUCUGAAAGAAUCUCUUUCUUCACCAUUGUUGAACCCCUCUUCACCUAAUCUAUGGCCUGGUCCCUACGUCGCGACAGUACCGCGCUCUCACCCUUUAUCUCCAGGAGAGAUCCUCGGAUGUACUGCUCCCCGCCUACCAGAUGCGCCCGAUGCAUUCAUAUAUCUUGGCGAUGGCCGCUUCCAUCUGGAGGCUGCAAUGAUAGCCAAUCCUGGUGUCCCUGCAUUUCGGUAUGAUCCAUACUCGAAGAAACUGACCAGGGAGGGAUAUGAUCAUGCCCGGAUGCGGGAUACACGGUCAAAAGCUGUCAAGACUGCGGAGGGCAAGGGGACGUGGGGUAUCAUACUGGGUACACUAGGAAGGCAAGGGAACCCAGGACAUCUCAAAGCCAUCUCAUCGCUCGCUUCUUCAGGAAGCCAGAUAUCCAUAACUCCAAUUCCCAUUCUGCUCUCAGAGCUCUCACCAGCAAAGCUGGCCCUAUUCAAUGAUAGUAUUGAUGUCUUUGUGCAGACAUCGUGUCCACGGCUUUCUAUUGACUGGGGAGCAGCCUUCGCGAAGCCUCUACUGAGCGUAUAUGAGUCAGGCGUCGCGCUUGGGAAGUGGGGCGGAUGGUGGGAGGACGGCGAGUACCCAAUGGACUUUUAUGCGCGAGGUAGUCGAUGGGUUGAAGCUAGGAAAAUGGGGGAAUUCAUUACGACGUGACGACUAUCUGAACUUUCUCAUUUCAUGAAGAUAUAAUCAGGAUUUCACGCA